AUGUCGGGAAUACUAAUUCAUCUGACAUUACAGGUGCGGACAGGCCUACAGGCUACAAGAGAGCGCUGCAUAACCCAUCCGCGAAAUUUGAAGUGUCCAGAAAAAAAUGAAGUGCUUAGCAGUGCCUCGUCUAUAGGAGGACAGCCACUCCCGAGGAGAUCCUUUACUGGACAAUACAUCGUUCCUGUACCACCCAGAGGACUGCCACAACGAGGAGAUCCUUUACUGGACAAUACAUCGUUCCUGUACCACCCAAAGAGGACUGCCACUCCCGAGGAGAUCCUUUACUGGGCAAUACAUCGUUCCUGUACCACCCAAAGAGGAUUGCCACUCCCGAGGAGAUCCUUUACUGGGCAAUACAUCGUUCCUGUACCACCCAAAGAGGACUGCCACAACGAGGAGAUCCUUUACUGGACAAUACAUCCUUCCUGUACCACCCAAAGAGGACUGCCACUCCCGAGGAGAUCCUUUACUGGGCAAUACAUCGUUCCUGUACCACCCAAAGAGGACUGCCACAACGAGGAGAUCCUUUACUGGACAAUACAUCCUUCCUGUACCACCCAAAGAGGACUGCCACAACGAGGAGAUCCUUUACUGGACAAUACAUCCUUUCUGUACCACCCAAAGAGGACUGCCACUCCCGAGGAGAUCCUUUACUGGGCAAUACAUCGUUCCUGUACCACCCAAAGAGGACUGCCACUCCCGAGGAGAUCCUUUACUGGACAAUACAUCGUUCCUGUACCACCCAAAGAGGACUGUUCAUUUGGCAACUACAAAGCUAGAUUUGUCAAACAACAAGGACAAAAUGAUUUAAAAAGGCAUACUUACAAAUCUAGUUCAUUAGCCGAAUGUGGACCCGAUAUCGACAAACCAGAAAUGUGGAUGAUCGUCCCCGUUCAGGCCGGCCAAGGACCACAACUCCGGUUCAGGACCACUUCAUUAGGACACGUUGAGGAAUCGAGGCCAAUCAGCCAAUCAAACCGCAAGAGAACUCCGUGUUACAACUGGGGUUAG